AUGUCACAAAUUAUGACAUUUUUCACUGCCAACUUACCAGCAAGCCUGUUUAAUCAAUUAUUCCAUGAGAGUCAACAGGCCCAAGAUGCUGUUCCAUUCUUAACCCUUAUACGCACCCCUGAUCAACAAGAGGUUGAUGAAUGGGGAACUACAGCACCAAUCCAGGACUUUGAAACUGGGUUCCUGGGUAAUACAGAUAAUGAGCUUCUCCAUUACUUCCGCCGAUUUUUUCAGGAAAGACACCCAUACUCACAGGGAAAUAUGGAAGAACACUGGAUGGCAAUGCUAGAUGAACGGUCUGCUACCCAGUCUACACUGGCAAUGCACUAUGGGAUGAAAAAAUCCAGCUGGGAUGAACUUUAUGGAGAUAUACCUGAUAUGGAGAUCCCAGUAAAUGGGAAGGUUUGUGAUGAUGGUUAUAUCUGGUUUAAAUGGAGGGUUCCAUUCAAGUAUUCUUUCGUGUUCUUUAUUACAAUUGAGCAUAGUGAUGAGGAAGUCCAGCAACUGUUCUGCCGGCCAGAAUACCUAGGACCUGAUUGGCUUGUUGAUUAUGAGACUUGUUACAAGAUCAUCCGCCGGGAAAUCCGCGAUCCUCUAGGUAUGGUGGGAGGAGCAUGGGAGGAGCCAUCAGAUGCAUGA